UCGCUUGUGCGCAUGCGCGAGGAAAAUGCGAUUAUUCCGCAUGACACAAAAGUCCAACCUGUUCUUUUCCUCGUGCAAGGUGCCUUCUAUCAUCAUGAAUCACGUCUUUGUUUACGGCUCGCUAAAGAGGGCCCAGCCUAACUACCAUUACAUGACAGACAGUAACAAUGGAAAGGCGGAGUUCCUCGCCACAGCCGUCACCGUCCAGAAGUACCCACUGGUGAUCGCCACUAAGUGCAACAUCCCCUUCCUCCUUAACCUCCCAGGACAAGGCAAUAGAGUCCAUGGGGAGAUCUACAGGGUGGACGAAAAGAUGCUGGAAUUCCUGGAUGAGUUUGAAAAUAUACCCACCAUGUACCAGCGGACAGUUGUAGAACUGGAAAUCAGUGAGUGGGCAGGAGGGACGGGCGAGGAGAAGCUAUCGCCUGGAAGCAUCACAGAGGCGUUUGUGUACAGCACCACAACCUACCAACCGGACUGGCCCUCGCUGCCGACGUACGAGAGCUACGACUCCAACGGAGAUCAUGGCCUAAAGUUUAUACUGAGGGAAGACCGAAACUGGGCUUCAGUGCAUUGAUGUUAAUCAUUUUCAAAAACAUGUUAAGCCAAAACAAAUCUGUGCGCAAAUGAAGUGGAAUUGAAUAUAUGACAAACAGGAAGAGGCUGGCAUUAUUAAUUAAAUAAGUCAAAAAAGCCUAUGGUUUACUUUAAAAGAAACAUAUAAGACUAAAAUGGAAAGUAGCAGGUACAUUUUUUCCUACAUAAUAAAGCACAUGGCUAAAAUAGCAUGUAUGCAAACCGACGCCGCAAGACUCCACUACUGAAGAAAACAUGUUCAAGCUUGUUUCUUCUACUUUGUAUGUGUGGAUUAACUUGCCUUAACUUGCCUUGCCUUAUCUGUUGGAAAAAUGACAUGAAUGACACCUUUAUAAAUGUUUUAACUGCUGUAUUCCUUGAUUAUCAUAUUUCCUUCAGAUCCAGGGAGAAAGGUGGGGAAAUAAUGCCUAAAAUGUCUUUAAAGAAUCCCUGAUAUAGUAACAAGCAAUUUUUUUAAGAGAAGUGUAAUAUUAUUUUUCUUUUAUGCUAGUGUAAUAACUUUUCUACUGUAUUGUUAGAUUUUUUUUGGUGUGAGCAAUACAGAUGUAAUAGUACUUCUGGAAUAGUUUAAAAAGAUGUUAAUAUAUUGCUGCGAGCGUCUGUUAUUCUGGAGGAGUCCCUUUGGAUUUUUUUAAAUAAUUUUAUACAGAAUGACAGAAAUAUGGCCGAUCAGAAAGGUGGAUGGACCCUUCCUUAAACAUUCAUUUAA